UUUAGCGAAACAGAGAUAAACUUUAGGGUAAAGAAGGAAGUAGGACAGUAAUAGUGUUUUAUUUGGAUAUCAGUUGGUGUUCAUAUACAUAAUUUGACAACGUAACAAAGCAAGAAAAUAUAAUUGUCUAUAAUUUCAGUUUUUAUGUAAAAGAUAUUGAAAGUAUAUAUUAAACGUACAAACAGUGGUUUUCAAAUCGAAAGUAGAAACAGGUACAAACACAAUCUUACAAUGGCUUCUAAACGACUUCAGGAUUCAAACCGAGACAAUGCAGGCGACUUUAUUGGAGAAAGUGCUGUUACACAAUCAUGCGAGCCCUGUAUGAAAACCAACGUAUCAAAAACUGAUACGGUUUUCUGCAAGGAUUGUGAUGAAUACCUGUGCGAUAUGUGCACAAAUCCGCACACCGUCUAUAAACCAGUGGAAACCAGUCCCAUUAGCUUAUCAUCCCAACCAAGGUCCAUCACCCUUGAGCUCCUCGUGUCUGUGGAUCUACAGAAGACUGCGGAUGAUAAGGAGGAAGGUUUCCUCACUGGACUGGUCUUCCUGCCGAACGGGAGACUGGUAGCCGUGGAUAACAUGAACAUGAAAUGUAUCAUACUAAAUGAGCGACUACAGAGACUUGGUUCACCGUACACGUUUAAGGCUAACCCACUUUGCGUAGUAUGUGUGUCUCAUGAUGCACUGUGUGUAACGUUUAAAGGAGCAGUAUUUCUCCUGUCUUUGAGUACAGACAAUACCAUCAGACAGACCAGGGUGAUCAUAACAUCAUCCAAUUUCUACUCUAUUAGCCGCAUGUCUCCGUCUCAGAUGGUCGUGAGUACGUGGGAUGAUCCUCGACCUGCGAGAAUAAUAUCACUGGAUGGUGUGGAAUCUGACUUUGAUCACGUAACGUUUCCUGUAAAGAAGUACAAAAUAGAAGAGAGUAUGUGCACGUUUGUCCAGUCUUAGAACACGCUAGUACUGAUUGACAGGUUGGCUAACACAGUGUACAUAUACGAAGGGCGCGUCUAGAGCAGUCACUGAUUUGAACAUACAAGAACCUCGUGGUGCCUGUGUAGGGCCUGGUGACACGGUGAUGGUGUGCAGUACGAAGAAGAACUCCAUCGUGCACCUGAGUGUUGAUGGUGACAUUCUUGGUACCUACCUUGUGAAUAUGAAGUACCCGUACAACAUAUGCGUGUCUAAGAAUUGCAAUAGGCUGGCGGUGUACAACGGCGCUGCAGGCACACCGAAGCUUCAAUUGUAUCUGAUUUCACCGGCAAUUAGUUAGAUUACUUGUAAGAUGCCAAUGUUUUCCAUGUGAUCAGGCUUUCUAAGAAAAUAUUAAAUAUUGAUUUCGUGUAUUGGUGUGGUUAAAUCAACUCUGAAUACUAUUCAGAUUACUAGUAAUUAAAAUUGAAAAGUGUUGUUAUACGGUAUUAUCGUUGAAUAAUUUUGAAAGAUUUCGAACUACCUUUGUAUUGUGCAUGUCCUAUAAUUAAACAUGUGUCUUUAUACUUAACUUCA